GUAGACAGCUGAACAGACGUUCACGGGCUGAAACAUGAAGAAGACAGGAGUCAGGAGCUUCAGAGAUGACUGCCAAGAGCAACGAAACGGAUGUCGAAACCAUGUAACGGGCUCAGCCACACCAGCCUCCUGCAUAUGCGGACAAGCAGUUGGACGCGUUUCACAUUGCGGGGAUCCCUCUGAACUUGUUAUUACACCCCUGCUGCCUGUCAGCUCAUGGGCAUCUCCUCACUCGGACUCCGAAAGCGUAUUGCUGUUCAUCUGAAUACGCUGGUCGACUGAUUUAAUUUCAACCUUUUUCGCUUCUGAGGAUCUCUGGUUUCUAUCUCUCAGCACACGACUUUCGCUUAUCUGUACCGUCAUACUAUCAACAACACACAAAGCGAUCAAGAUGUAUUCGCGCUACAUUAGAGACAUGUCGUCUGAGGUGUCGGAUGUCAAGAACACCUUUUCUGGAUGGGAUCAAUGCAUGACAAAGGCAUACUGCAAAUGGCCAGUCAUAGUCGGCAUAAUCGUCGGCGUCGUAAUCGCGGCAUCCCUCGUCUGGUGUCUCAUCCGCUGCCUCUGCUGCGGAGUCGAAUGCUGCUGCGGCUGCCUCUCCUGUUUCUCCUGCUGCACUUCCUGCUGCAACAACAAUCACCACCGCAACCAAGGAUACGCUCAACAACCCACCCCUGUGGCUCCCGUCUCGCAAUUCCCCCAAUACACUCAGUAUCAACCCGCUGCUCAACCCGUCUACCGCUCUCAACAACAUGUACCACAAUACGCACAUUUCGACGCUCCGUCCUCGAAUAAAAAUUUCAACGAAGACGCACUGCCUGCUAUGCCCAGUUGGAGCCAAGGACGCACAUUGCGCCAUCAGGAUGAUGUGAAUGAGAUGGAAAUGGGAAGUCUGCACAACAACAACAAUCAAGCCUCCGCCGCUGCACCCAUGCUGCCGAAGUCACCGAAUGCGCAUGUUCAGGAAUAUCCUUAUCAAUCCAAUGCUGGUGCUUAUGGAGGCGAUUUGGGUUACUCUGCACCUUCGCCAUAUGCUGCUGAGCAGUACGGUUACGGGCAAGCUGCGCAAUACAGUCCUAGAGCGCAGAGUCCUGGGUAUGAGAGUAGUUAUGCUGGUGCCGCGCCGCCUUCAUACCACACCACUGCUCCUGAGGUCACGAGAAAACCUGUCGGUGGAUCGUGGAGAGAUCUUUGAGAUUGAUGUUUUCUGUUCACUGUUGCAAGUUGCAUAGCGAUGGCGUUUUUCUUUUUUGGGAAGGUUAUGGAGGAAGAAUGGAUACCCGCUUGGAGGAAAGAGAGGAGGACAAUGUGCUGGUUCGUGUUGUCUUCUUCUGCUUCAGUAAUUACAUCAGCAUUAGGAUGAGAUCUAUUCUCUUGUCGAUUCACAAUUCUAAUAAUCUUACAAAUCUUCCAUGG